AUGGCCGAGAAUGUGGUGGAACCGGGGCCGCCUUCAACCAAUGACUACAAACUCUCAUCUCAAGCCCUCUCGGCGUCGGCAACAUUAGCUGGAGUUAAUUUUGGCUCUCUCUUUGACUUGGAGCAUGACUUACCAGAUGAAUUAAUCAACUCUACAGAAUUGGGACUAACCAAUGGUGGUGAUAUUAGUCAGCUUCAGACAAGUCUUGGCAUAGUUCAAGAUGCAGCCUCUAAACAUAAACAACUGUCAGAAUUGCUACGGUCUGGCAGUUCCCCUAACCUCAAUAUGGGGGUUGGUGGCCCAGGCCAAGGCAUGGCCAGCCAGGCCCAACAGAACAGUCCUGGAUUAGGUUUGAUAAAUAGCAUGGUCAAAAGCCCAAUGGCACAGGCAGGCUUGACUUCUCCCAACAUGGGAAUGGGCACUAGUGGACCAAAUCAGGGUCCUACGCCAUCUGCAGCAGGUAUGAUGAACAGUCCAGUAAAUCAACCUACCAUGGGAAUGAACACAGGGAUGAAUGCUGGCAUGAAUCCUGGAAUGCUGAAUGCAGGCAAUGGACAGGGGAUGAUGCCCAAUCAAGUCAUGAACGGUUCAAUUGGAGCAGGCCGAGGGCGACCUAAUAUGCAGUACCCAAACCCAGGCAUGGGAAAUGCUGGCAAUUUAAUGACUGAGCCACUACAGCAAGGCUCUCCUCAGAUGGGAGGACAAACAGGAUUGAGGGGCCCCCAGCCUCUUAAGAUGGGAAUGAUGAACAACCCUAAUCCUUACGGUUCACCAUACACUCAGAAUUCUGGACAGCAGAUUGGAGCCAGUGGCCUUGGUCUCCAGAUUCAGACAAAGUCUGUACUACCAAAUAGCUUACCUCCAUUUGCAAUGGACAAAAAGGCAGUUCCUGGUGGAGGAAUGCCCAACAUGGGUCAACAGCAGGCCCCACAGGUCCAGCAGCCAGGCCUCGUGACUCCGGUAGCCCAAGGGAUGGGUUCUGGAGCGCACACGGCUGAUCCAGAGAAGCGCAAGCUCAUCCAGCAGCAGCUCGUGCUCCUGUUGCACGCCCACAAGUGCCAGCGCCGCGAGCAGGCUAAUGGGGAAGUAAGGCAGUGCAACCUUCCCCACUGUCGCACGAUGAAGAACGUCCUGAACCACAUGACACACUGCCAGUCAGGCAAGUCCUGCCAAGUGGCACACUGUGCAUCUUCUCGACAAAUCAUUUCACACUGGAAGAAUUGUACGAGGCAUGAUUGUCCUGUGUGUCUCCCCCUUAAAAAUGCUGGAGAUAAGAGAAAUCAACAGUCAAUUCUGACUGGAGCACCAGUUGGACUUGGAAAUACUAGCUCUCUAGGGGUGGGUCAGCAGUCUACCCCCAGCCUAAGCACUGUCAGUCAGAUUGAUCCCAGCUCUAUAGAAAGGGCCUAUGCAGCUCUUGGGCUGCCCUAUCAAGUAAAUCAGAUGCCGACGCAACCCCAGGUGCAAGCAAAGAACCAGCAGACUCAGCAGUCUGGCCAGUCUCCCCAAGGCAUGCGGCCCAUGAGCAACAUGAGUGCUAGUCCUAUGGGAGUAAAUGGAGGUGUAGGGGUUCAAACAUCGAAUCUUCUUUCUGACUCAAUGUUGCAUUCAGCCAUAAAUUCUCAAAACCCAAUGAUGAGUGAAAAUGCCAGUGUGGCCUCCCUAGGUCCUAUGCCAACAGCAGCUCAACCAUCUAAUACUGGAAUUCGGAAACAGUGGCAUGAAGAUAUUACUCAGGAUCUUCGAAAUCAUCUUGUUCACAAACUAGUUCAAGCCAUAUUUCCUACUCCGGAUCCUGCUGCUUUAAAAGACAGACGGAUGGAAAACUUGGUUGCAUAUGCCCGGAAAGUGGAAGGAGACAUGUACGAAUCUGCAAAUAAUCGGGCCGAAUACUACCACCUGCUAGCUGAGAAAAUCUAUAAGAUCCAGAAAGAACUAGAAGAAAAACGAAGGACUAGACUACAGAAACAAAACAUGCUACCAAGUGCUGCAGGCAUGGUACCAGUUUCUAUGAAUCCAGGGCCUAAUAUGGGGCAGCCACAACCAGGAAUGACUUCCAAUGGCCCUCUGCCUGACCCAUCUAUGAUCCGUGGCAGUGUGCCAAACCAGAUGAUGCCUCGGAUAACUCCACAGCCUGGUAUGAAUCAAUUUGGCCAGAUGAGUAUGCCCCAGCCCCCAAUUGGACCCCGGCAAACCUCUCCUCUUCAGCACCAUGGACAGUUAGCUCAGCCUGGAACUCUCAACCCACCAAUGGGCUAUGGGCCUCGCAUGCAGCAGCCUUCCAGCCAGAGCCAGUUCCUUCCCCAGACUCAGUUUUCAACACAGGGAAUGAAUGUAACGAAUAUGCCUUUGGCUCCGUCUGGCGGUCAGGCACCGGUGUCUCAAGCACAGAUGUCCAGUUCUUCCUGCCCUGUGAAUUCUCCUAUAAUGCCUCCAGGGUCUCAAGGGAGCCACAUUCACUGUCCCCCUCUCCCUCAAUCAGCUCUGCAUCAGAAUUCACCCUCUCCAGUACCUAGUCGCACCCCCACGCCUCACCACACUCCCCCAAGCAUAGGGGCUCAGCAGCCACCAGCAACAGCAAUUCCAGCCCCUGUUCCUACACCUCCAGCCAUGCCGCCUGGGCCACAGACCCAAGCUCUCCAUCCACCUCCAAGGCAGACACCUACACCGCCACCAACGCAACUCCCUCCCCAAGUUCAACCUUCACUUCCUGCUGCCCCUUCCGCCGACCAGCCGCAGCAGCAGCCUCUCUCACAGCAGAGUACAGCAGCAUCUGUUCCCACCCCAACGGCACCGCUGCUGCCUCCACAGCCUGCGACUCCACUUUCCCAGCCAGCUGUAAGCAUUGAAGGGCAGGUAUCAAACCCUCCAUCUACUAGCAGCACAGAAGUGAAUUCUCAGACCAUUCCUGAGAAGCAGCCUUCACAGGAAGUGAAAAUGGAGGCUAAGAUGGAAGUGGAUCAACCAGAACCAGCAGAUACUCAGCCGGAGGACAUCCCAGAGACUAAAGCAGAAGACUGUAAAAUGGAACCUACAGAAACAGAGGAGAGAGGCACGGAGUUAAAAACUGAAACAAAAGAAGAGGAAGACCAGCCGAGUACUUCGGCUACCCAGUCAUCUCCAGCCCCGGGACAGUCAAAGAAGAAGAUUUUUAAACCAGAAGAGUUACGACAGGCACUGAUGCCAACAUUGGAGGCACUUUACCGACAGGAUCCAGAAUCCCUUCCCUUUCGUCAACCUGUGGACCCUCAACUUCUAGGAAUCCCUGAUUACUUUGAUAUUGUGAAAAGCCCCAUGGAUCUUUCCACCAUCAAGAGGAAGUUAGACACUGGACAGUAUCAGGAGCCCUGGCAGUAUGUGGAUGACAUUUGGCUUAUGUUCAACAAUGCCUGGUUGUAUAAUCGGAAAACAUCACGGGUGUACAAAUACUGCUCCAAGCUGUCUGAGGUCUUUGAACAAGAAAUUGACCCAGUAAUGCAAAGCCUUGGAUAUUGUUGUGGCAGAAAGUUGGAGUUCUCUCCACAGACACUCUGUUGCUAUGGCAAACAGUUAUGCACAAUCCCUCGUGAUGCCACUUACUACAGUUACCAGAACAGGUAUCAUUUCUGUGAGAAGUGUUUCAAUGAAAUCCAAGGGGAGAGCGUUUCUUUGGGGGAUGACCCUUCCCAGCCUCAAACUACAAUAAAUAAAGAACAAUUUUCCAAGAGAAAAAAUGACACACUGGAUCCUGAACUGUUUGUUGAAUGUACAGAGUGUGGAAGAAAGAUGCAUCAGAUCUGUGUCCUUCAUCAUGAAAUCAUUUGGCCAUCUGGAUUUGUCUGCGAUGGCUGUUUAAAGAAAUCUGCACGAACCAGGAAAGAGAAUAAAUUUUCUGCUAAAAGGUUGCCAUCUACCAGGCUUGGCACCUUUCUGGAGAAUCGUGUGAAUGACUUUCUUAGGCGACAAAAUCACCCUGAGUCAGGAGAGGUCACUGUUCGGGUAGUUCAUGCUUCUGACAAAACUGUGGAAGUCAAACCAGGCAUGAAAGCAAGGUUUGUAGAUAGUGGAGAGAUGGCAGAAUCCUUUCCAUACCGAACCAAAGCCCUCUUUGCCUUUGAAGAGAUAGACGGUGUUGACUUAUGUUUCUUUGGCAUGCACGUUCAAGAGUAUGGCUCUGACUGCCCUCCGCCCAACCAGAGGAGAGUUUACAUAUCAUACCUCGACAGUGUUCAUUUCUUCCGUCCUAAAUGCUUGAGGACCGCAGUGUAUCAUGAAAUUCUAAUUGGAUAUUUAGAAUACGUCAAGAAAUUAGGAUAUACAACAGGGCAUAUUUGGGCAUGUCCCCCGAGCGAGGGAGAUGACUAUAUCUUCCAUUGCCAUCCUCCUGACCAGAAGAUACCGAAGCCCAAGCGACUGCAGGAGUGGUAUAAAAAGAUGCUUGACAAGGCCGUGUCUGAGCGAAUCGUCCAUGACUACAAGGAUAUUUUUAAACAAGCUACUGAAGAUCGAUUAACAAGUGCAAAGGAGUUGCCUUACUUUGAGGGUGAUUUCUGGCCCAAUGUUCUGGAAGAGAGCAUUAAAGAACUGGAACAGGAGGAGGAAGAGAGAAAGAGAGAAGAAAACACCAGCAACGAAAGCACAGAUGUGACAAAGGGAGACAGCAAAAAUGCUAAAAAGAAAAAUAAUAAGAAAACCAGCAAAAACAAGAGCAGCCUCAGUAGGGGCAACAAGAAGAAGCCAGGCAUGCCCAAUGUGUCCAACGACCUCUCACAGAAGCUGUAUGCCACAAUGGAAAAACACAAAGAGGUCUUCUUUGUGAUCCGUCUCAUCGCCGGCCCUGCCGCCAACUCCCUGCCUCCCAUUGUCGACCCUGACCCCCUCAUCCCCUGCGAUCUGAUGGAUGGGCGGGAUGCCUUCCUCACCCUCGCAAGGGACAAGCACCUGGAGUUCUCUUCACUGCGCAGAGCCCAGUGGUCCACCAUGUGUAUGCUGGUGGAGCUGCACACCCAGAGCCAGGACCGCUUUGUCUACACGUGCAACGAGUGCAAGCACCACGUGGAGACGCGCUGGCACUGCACCGUGUGCGAGGAUUACGAUUUGUGUAUCACCUGCUAUAACACUAAAAACCAUGACCACAAAAUGGAGAAACUAGGUCUCGGCCUAGAUGACGAGAGCAACAGCCAGCAGGCCGCGGCCACCCAGAGCCCAGGAGACUCUCGCCGCCUGAGCAUCCAGCGCUGCAUCCAGUCCCUGGUGCACGCCUGCCAGUGCCGCAACGCCAACUGCUCGCUGCCGUCCUGCCAGAAGAUGAAGCGGGUCGUGCAGCACACCAAGGGCUGCAAGCGGAAAACCAAUGGAGGCUGCCCCAUCUGCAAGCAGCUCAUCGCCCUGUGCUGCUACCAUGCCAAGCACUGCCAGGAGAACAAGUGCCCGGUGCCCUUCUGCCUCAACAUCAAGCAAAAGCUCCGGCAGCAGCAGCUGCAGCACCGGCUGCAGCAGGCCCAGAUGCUCCGCAGGAGGAUGGCCAGCAUGCAGCGGACCGGCGUGGUGGGGCAGCAACAAGGCCUGCCCUCCCCGACUCCCGCCACGCCCACCACGCCCACCGGCCAGCAGCCCACCACCCCGCAGACGCCCCAACCCCAGCCCCCCUCUCAGCCCCAGCCUACCCCUCCCAACAGCAUGCCACCCUACUUGCCUAGGACUCAGGCUCCUGGCCCUGUCUCCCAGGGUAAGGCGGCGGGCCAGGUGACCCCUCCGACCCCCCCUCAGACUGCUCAGCCACCCCUUCCGGGGCCCCCACCUGCGGCAGUGGAAAUGGCAAUGCAGAUUCAGAGGGCGGCUGAGACGCAGCGCCAGAUGGCCCACGUGCAAAUUUUUCAGAGGCCAAUCCAGCACCAGAUGCCCCAGAUGACUCCGAUGGCCCCCAUGGGUAUGAACCCACCCCCCAUGGCCAGAGGUCCCAGUGGGCAUUUGGAGCCAGGGAUGGGGCCCACGGGCAUGCAGCAACAGCCGCCGUGGGCCCAAGGAGGCUUGCCUCAACCCCAGCAACUACAGCCCGGGAUGCCAAGGCCGGCCAUGAUGUCAGUGGCCCAGCACGGUCAGCCCUUGAAUAUGGCUCCCCAACCGGGACUGGGCCAGGUAGGCGUGAGCCCUCUCAAACCAGGCACUGUGUCUCAACAAGCCUUACAAAACCUUUUGCGGACUCUCAGGUCUCCCAGCUCUCCCCUACAGCAGCAACAGGUGCUUAGUAUCCUUCACGCCAACCCCCAGCUGUUGGCCGCGUUCAUCAAGCAGCGGGCUGCCAAGUAUGCCAACUCUAACCAACAGCCCCUCCCCGGGCAGCCUGGCAUGCCCCAGGGCCAGCCGGGGCUGCAGCCACCUACCAUGCCGGGCCAGCAGGGCGUCCACUCUAAUCCGGCCAUGCCGAACAUGAACCCCAUGCAGGCAGGCGUCCAGAGGGCCGGCCUGCCGCAGCAGCAGCCACCGCAGCAGCAACUCCAGCCACCCAUGGGAGGGAUGAGCCCCCAGGCUCAGCAGAUGAACAUGAAUCACAACGCCAUGCCUUCACAGUUCCGAGACCUCUUGAGACGGCAGCAGAUGAUGCAGCAGCAGCAGCAGCAGCAGCAGGGAGCCGGGCCCGGAAUCGGCCCUGGAAUGGCCAACCACAACCAGUUCCAGCAACCCCAGGGAGUUGGCUACCCCCCACCGCAGCAGCAGCAGCAGCAGCAGCGGAUGCAGCAUCACAUGCAACAGAUGCAACAAGGGAACAUGGGACCGAUGGGCCAGCUCCCCCAGGCCUUGGGAGCCGAGGCAGGAGCCAGUCUGCAGGCGUAUCAGCAGCGACUCCUCCAGCAACAGAUGGGGUCCCCCGCUCAGCCCAACCCCAUGAGCCCCCAACAGCAUAUGCUCCCAAACCAGGCUCAGUCCCCACACCUCCAAGGCCAGCAGAUCCCUUCUUCUCUCUCCAAUCAAGUGCGUUCACCCCAGCCUGUCCCUUCUCCACGGCCACAGUCCCAGCCCCCCCACUCCAGCCCUUCCCCGAGGAUGCAGCCUCAGCCUUCUCCACACCACGUGUCCCCACAGACCAGUUCUCCACAUCCUGGACUGGUAGCUGCCCAGGCCAACCCCAUGGAACAAGGGCAUUUUGCCAGCCCGGACCAGAGUUCAAUGCUUUCUCAGCUCGCUAGCAAUCCAGGCAUGGCAAACCUCCAUGGUGCAAGCGCCACGGACCUGGGACUCAGCACCGAUAACUCAGACUUGAAUUCAAACCUCUCACAGAGUACACUAGACAUACACUAG